AGAGAGAGAGAGAGAGAGAGAGAGAGAGAGAGAGAGAGAGAGAGAGAGAGAGAGAGAGAGCACGAGGUCAGUUAAUUGAAACCGCUAAACCCAAACCGCUACAGUUUUGGUGAUUUGACUGAAGACUGACAGAUCUAGCAGACAGAUUGAAUGGUUAUUCUAUUCUAUCCCGACUGGACUAUUGUGUUUUAUUGGAACGAUAAUACUAAAAUACUCCACCACAACUCGGUAUCAUCCCAGCGGCAAGGUUGCUGAGAGGAGAGAACACUGUGAUCCAGGAUCUGAGUGUGUCUGUUUGUCUGUCUGCCUGAGCGCAUGUCCCUGAGUGUGUGUGUGUCUGGCUAAGUGUGCGUCGUGUGUGUCGUUGUCGGUGCGUCUGUGUGUCAGUGAGGAUGUGGUCCGCAGGACUACUUCUGUGUGUUCUGGCUGUAGCAGCAACGUCCUCCUCCAAGUUCACUCGUGACACGUCAUCUCAGACCCAGAGGGACAUUACGGAGGAGACGAACCCCCCCAACCUUCUCCUGGACACCCUGAACCCCAACACCUCCCUCCCUGUCCCACCUCUCCCCCCCGCCUUCCGCCCACGCCCACCAGACCCCUACCCCCCCAUGUGUAUCAAGCCCACAGAGAUUAAACAUGCCUUUAAGUAUGUGAACACGGUGGUGAGCUGUGUGAUCUUGGUGGUGGGGAUGAUCGGUAACUCCACCUUAUUAAGGAUCAUCUAUAAGAACAAGUGUAUGAGAAACGGACCCAACGUUCUGAUUGGCUCUCUGGCAUUGGGGGAUCUUCUCUACAUACUCAUCGCUAUCCCCAUCAACGUCUUCAAGCUGAUAGCAGAAGACUGGCCGUUUGGGGUUCAUGUGUGUAAGUUGAUGCCAUUCAUCCAGAAGGCCUCCGUAGGAAUCACUGUCCUCAGCCUGUGUGCCCUGAGCAUCGACAGGUACCAUGCUGUGACCUCGUGGAGUAGGGUGAAAGGGAUAGGGAUACCUCUCUGGAAAGCUCUACAGGUCACAUUCAUCUGGCUGGUUGCUGUCCUGCUGGCUGUUCCUGAGGCUGUGGCCUUCGACAUGAUGGAGAUGCCUUACAGAGGCAGCAAGCUACGCGUCUGUCUGUUGCACCCCCAGCAGAACAAUGCCUUUAUGAAGUUCUACCAGGAUGUGAAGGACUGGUGGUUGCUAGGGUUUUAUUUCUUUCUUCCUCUGGCCUGCACCGGGGUCUUCUACACCCUGAUGUCCUGGGAGAUGUUGAGCAGGAAGAAAGGCAUGAGGAUCGCUCUCAACGAUCACAUGAAACAGCGUCGGGAGGUGGCUAAGACAGUGUUCUGCCUGGUGGUGAUCUUUGCUCUGUGUUGGCUUCCGCUCCACCUCAGCCGCAUCCUGAAGAAAACUAUCUAUGAUCAGAACGACCCCAACCGCUGUGAACUACUCAGUUUCCUGCUGGUGAUGGAUUACAUCGGUAUCAACAUGGCAUCUCUCAACUCCUGCAUCAACCCUGUCGCUCUCUACUUCGUCAGCCAGAAGUUCAAAAACUGUUUCAAGUCGUGUCUGUGCUGCUGGUGUACGAGGAGCAGCAAUGUGAUUCCAGAGAGAGGCGGUGUCCGCUGGAAGGGAAGCUGUCAUGGCAACGAACUCGACAGAACCAGCUCUCGUUCCAGUCAGAAAUACACCUCCACCUAAACAAACACUCAUGCACACACAGACAAGGUUGAUCUCCAGUACUGGCAUCAUGUUAUCAGAGAGAGGACAGCUUGAUGUCUGCAGGGCUACAUCAUCUUGUGAUCCACAGCACAGAGCAGAGCCAGGAGAGGACAGCUUGAUGUCUGCAGGGCUACAUCAUCUUGUGAUCCACAGCACAGAGCAGAGCCAGGAGAGGACAGCUUGAUGUUGUUGGAGAUGAAAUGCCAUGGCGCAUCACAGUCAUGCGGUCGGAUCGACUUCACAAACACAGCUAACAACCGGCAGCUGGUUCCUUGUAAUACUGUUAUGAUGCUGUUAAGACCUGUUAAGACCUGUUCAGACCUGUUAUGAUGCUGUUAAGACCUGUUAAGACCUGUUCAGACCUGUUAUGAUGCUGUUAAGACCUGUUCAUGUUGUCAUUUCAUCUUCUUACCACUACUAGUACUCUGUAGAAACCAGUAUGUAGAAUACCUAAGGUGGCAAAGUUCUGGGAACUUUCUCAAAAUUCCCAGGUUUUUUCCGAACUCUUUUUUGGUGGAUUCUGGAUUUCCUGUGUAGGCCUAUUCUCUCCUGAUUCUAGGAAUCUUCCAACCGGAAUUUCUGGAAAACCUGGGAAUUUUGGGAAAGUUAGCAACCCUAAUAUAGCCUUCCCACCAUUAUGUAUACAGCUUUCAACUUUGUCUAUAUAUUGUCUCAGUGCCUUCAGAUGUAUUUUUAUAAGAAAAUAUCUUCUUGCAAGACAUUUAUUCAAACUGUCCAAAUUAUUACCCUUUAUCUUUACAAAUACUGUAAUAUAUAUUGUGACUAUCUUCAAAUAUAUCCACUUUAUCGAUGUGUUUUCCUAUUAUGUAAAAUAUAACUAUUGCUGGAGUUUUUCAUAUUAACAAAGCUUUUAUAUUGUACCUAGUUUACCGAUAUGCAGCAAUAAAUACUAUUUUAUCACA